UGUCAUUUGGAACAUUAUCAUCCCGCAGCUGCAGUGCCCACACUGUCAUACGCGGUAUGUGGACCAGGCAGUAAACCGCGCCAUCAACAAACUGCUUCAUCAACAGGAUUAUCAACACCGCCACCUACUCCACCUGCAACUGCAUUCACAACACCGAAAAUGCCUGUUAAAGGUAUUCUCAAAAAGCCGCCCCCUCCGCCUUCAGAAGAGCAGCCCAUUGAUAAUGUAGUCCCGCCUGCUCCUGGACUAUCAACGACCCUCGAUCGUUCAUCAUCGUUGCUGUCAUCCUCGUCGUCACCAACAGCAGCACCUACAACAAAAACUCGAGCGUGGCUCAAUAAAUUACGAUCCUCCGUCAUGUCGCGAGAUUCAGCGGCGCACCAGCAACAACAAACGCGUCCUCAAGAAAGAAAGCGUACGAUCCGAUACAACAAGAUGGUGAUUGUGCACGAGACAUACACGCGUCACGAGUAUAACCGAGAGCCCGAUCCAAGUGCAUCGUGUACCUACCUGACUGCAGAAGCAGCCCAAGAGAUCAAGAAUGAGCUCAACUUUUUCAAAUUCAACGAAAUGAUCGUACACCCUACGAGUCGCAUCUACACGCAUUUCUUUGUUUGAAGAAAAUGUGUAUUAGCAAAAAUCCUAAUGACUUUCUCCUCCUCCACAUGUAAUACUAAAAUAUCUUCUUUUUCCUUACGAUAAUAAUGCUCGUCAUCCUACUUUUUUUCUUUGUUCCUUUCCUCUUCUUUUUCCUUUGUACCCCAAUGUCCAGAGCAGCAUAACAGCUAUUUCUUCUACUAUCAACACUUGUCAUACAUAUCAGCUUCCUUUCCUAUCACUACUUUAUUAAUCGUCUUCUCUUCUCCACAGUAACAGACCCUUCUUCUUCUUCUUGUUACAUAUACAGUAGCAUCAAUUCUCCUUUCCCCUAUCAAUACAUCAUCAGCUUCUUCAUCACCAUAAUCAUUAGUAUCUCUCCACACCCUCGCCUCCGUAAUAUUUAAUACCCCUCCAUUUUCAUCACUCGGUAGUUUUACAUUAAUAACACGUUUUUCUUAUAGUAACAAUAGCAAGAUGCUGUUUGAAAGCAGUAUUCGUACA